AUGAGGAAGACGACGGAGGAGCUUAAUGAGGAAGUGGUUGACGAAGGAGAGCUUUUCAUGUUCCAUCUGCAAAAGCCGUCAAGCAAUGAGUUCAAAUCAAGCCUUUUACAUCGAAUGAAGAAACAAGUGAAUCUGUUUAAAAGAUAUGAAGCAGAUGGAAACCCUGCAAAUAUAUUAGAUGGGAUCGAGAAGGCUCUACACUGGAAAUAUGUUGCUAUUGAUAUGGGGAUUUUGAAAACUCUGCAAUUACGUUAG